UAAUUAAUGAAGUUUUGAGUUCUUCUUUCUGGUGACUGUCUUGCAACAAAGACAUCUUUCUCUAGUCAUUGUCACCAGGAGGGAUCAUUGCCAAAAAUUUCACUGGAGCGGUGGCCGGAAAAUGCUAUUAGAAGCUUCAGACAUCGCUUAUUCCCAGUUCGACAUUGUAGAGUGGCUGACGGUGUAAUCUCCCCAAUCAUAGAGGAGGUUAGAGGCUGCAAUCACCACCGGGAGUUGCAAAUGAGGGCAACAGAGGCUGAAGACUCGGCGAUAGAUUCUGACCCUGCAACAUCGACCACCGGCGAUUCUUCAGUUCAGCGGACAGGAGCUGUCGCCUUAGGACCAAAACAGUCACAAGCGGCGCAAGGGAGUCACCUGAGUUCGCCGGCGCAUUCUGGCAAUUGCUUCCCUCUCCUCGCUACAAAGACAGGGGUUAAAUUGUCCUCUGGUGACUUCCCUAUCCCUUCUGAAAUAUCUUUGCCAUUGUCUAAGAUAAACUGCUGUUCACUGUGGAAGGAGACGACCAAACCAGCUGCUGUCAAGAGGAAGGCGAUAGCCGCUAGUCUGUCGCGAUUAACAAGAGGAGAAGACAACUAUCAGCGUACCUGAUGCCUGCCUCCCCAAAACAUCAAACACUUGGGGCAAUAUUGGAGCACGGUGAUGCAUUUCCUCCUCUUGUAUGUUGCUCUAGCUGCAUUAUUAGAACAGUGAUUUGUUGUUUGCUGUCUCAAGCUCGGAGCAAUCGGGGCAGCAGCUGCUGAACUAGAAGCGAGCUGAAUUCGAAAGAGCAGCCCAAGCUUCUGCUGACAUUCUCCGAGCUAAUUGCCGCGUGGAGAUGCCGGGUGAGGCCCCGGUAUGUGAGGCUUGUAACUCCCAAUAGAAUCGGGGAGGGAGUAUUUGUUUUCAACCGGCCUUUGGCCAAGCAAGCGGUAGGGACUCCUCCAAGGCAUAAAUAGCCAAAGGCACAGUCCUGGGUUGCGCGAGCCUACCUAAGGGUGCUGGGUGUGGUUUGGACACCUAGAGAUGAUAGGGUGUAUGUGGAAUGGUUUUCAUGUAUGGGGAGUGAAGUGAGUGAUUAAUGUAUUGCAUACGCUUGUAUUAAGCAUCAAACCCCUUAGCAUUUGUAGCAGGCUGUAACUUGGGCUGGGAAACCCACUUGUACCCUUGACCUUGGAGUCAUUCCGGGGUUGCUGUCCGGCUAGGGAAAAAUUUUGUAAGGCUUAAUUAUUUAGCCGACCUAGCAUCCCACUCCAAGAGAUCUUGGGAGGAGGAUCAGUCUUCGGCAGUUUCUUGGUCGUUACAAGGUCAGAUCCUAUCAGUUGGUACCAGAGCACUAUAACCCAAAAGUGAGAUAAUUUUCCCUUCAACAGUUCCAUCAAUGCCGUCACUGUUACCUUUGUAUAGUUUUCCUUUUCCAAUUCCUUCAAGCUUUCACUGGAAAUGCCAACAUUUGAUUCUUUGUGUUUUCUGGUUCCAAAUAUGUCAAGUCUAAAGGUCUAAACUUCUGGGAGAUAUUAUUUAGGCAUCUCCAGUGAAAUAUAUCUUAUUGUGCCCUUUCCUGCUGCAAUACAAACCCCAUUCUUUUCA